AUGGACAAAGAUCUCGACAACGCGAACCCGACCAUUUUAAGCGCGGCUCAGCUGCCAACACGUCAGAACAAGCGUUCGGCGCCCACGGCCGGCCCGGAGGACAUGUUUGACGAUGUCAUCUACGCCAAGCCUUGGUACCUCUGCCAACCCUUCUGUGAUGACGACUCGCUCUGGCCUGACGCCGAUGCCGACCAGUGGACUCCAGAGCCCAUCGACGAGCAAGAAAUCUAUGAUUUGAUAUCAACAAUCUCCGAUCCAGAGCACCCGCUCUCCCUGGGACAGCUGGCUGUUGUCAACCUGCCCGACAUCCACAUCAGCCCUCCUCCUCAUGCGGGAGCUAUGGACCCCAACAGACUGGUUCAAGUCUUGGUCGAGCUGACGCCGACCGUCUCCCACUGCUCCCUCGCCACCGUGCUCGGUCUCGGCGUCCGGGUACGGCUGGAGAAGGCGCUGCCUCCCAACUGGCGCGUGGAUGUCAGGGUCAAGGAGAACGCGCACGCCCAGGAUGACCAGGUCAACAAGCAGCUCAGCGACAAGGAGCGCGUCGCCGCCGCGCUGGAGAACGACACCCUGAAAGGGGUACUCGACAAGAUGCUCGAAACUUGUGUCUGA